UUUGGCCAGCUGGGAGACUACAGAAAAUUCUCCUCUUUCUAUGCCAAGUGUUGAGUUGUCAGGGAUUGAAUGAAAUGCUGCUCACUGCACACAAAGGGCUUUGUAGAAUUUCAUGACUCUUCCUGCUCCUCAACUGCCCUUUUCUUCUUUCACAUUUGCUUAUGGCAGAAACAGACAGAAACCCAGAGGCAGAAGACUGUGUCCGAAUUUCAGCAAGUGCGCCAGUUAGUGGAGGAAAAACAGCGAUUCCUGCUUACCCAGCUGGAUGAGAUAAACAAGGACAUUUUAAAGAGGCAGAACAACUAUAUUGCCAGAAUCACAGAAGAAAUAUCCCGUCUUGACCACCUGAUCAGUGAACUGGAAGGGAAGUGCCAGCAGCCAGCGAGUGAAUUCCUGCAGGACGUCAGAAGCACCUUGAGCAUGUACGAGGCUCCUUCUCACUCCCCCUUAUUCGCCACGGUUCUGGAAGGAGCUUGGACACUAGGGCCAGAUUUACAAAGGACAUCACAAGUGCCUGGAGCGAGUACAUGGCUCCUUCUCACUCUGCCUCCUUCUUGUCGACUCUGGAAGGGGUUUGGACAGCAGGGGCCAAAUUUGUACCCAUCUGAAUGUGCAGCUAGAUGCUCACUGGGACUUUCAAAAGCUGAAUGGCAUGUGCAGCUCAACUAGUG